AUGGGCGAGUCUGGGACUACAGCAUCCGCCGAGGCGGACGGGUCAGAGGCUUCUAAGAAAGAUAUGCCCCCUGUGGUAGAAAUCGAUGCUGCUGGUGAUAUUGUCUUGGAUGUGACCUUUGAGACUUCUACCAGUACUCUCAACAAGACUCGCAAAGCUGAGCUUGCUGCCAGCAGAAAAGCUGGUACUCAGCCCCCUGACCGCUCGGCUUUGAAGUCAAAAGUCCGGGUGGCAUAUCGAGUCAAUUUGGCUGCUUUGAAGAAGCACUCAAAGUACUUUUCAAACCUUCUCUCAAAUUCUCAGUUUAGAGAAGCCAAACUCAUCUCCGAUAUACAUGAGAAGCUUACACAGUUGAAGAUCGAUGCCAAGGAGGCCAAUGUCGAGGAUCUACCCUGGAUUCCAAUAACCGAUGAUGACGACGCUACCAAAGCUGCUGGGCGCGAGAAUGCUAUGGAGGAUAUGCUCAAUAUCAUACACCAACGACCUACCAAGACAUCCCGUGGAAUCAUGUCAUAUGUCACGACACUAGCGAUUGUUGCUGAUCGCUUUGAUUGUGUGGCAGCUGUAGCUCGUGUUUUGAAUACGGAGCUCAAGUUCAAAUGGCCACUGACAUCGAACAAACCUCUGCGGAGUGACGAUGGGCGGCCUACAGAAACAGAGCAGGUGCUGCGCCAGAAGAUUCUUGUUGCGUGGCUAUUGGGACAAGCCAUGCGCUUGCAACAGUCAACCCGGGAAAUUAUUAUGCGAGGAUCAACUCUCUGGAGCGAGUUCCAUGACCCCGAUACUAAUAUGACUGCUGCAUGGUGGAAUCUGCCUGAUGGUCUAGAGGAGGAGCUCCGACAUCGACGCGAGUGUAUUCUCAACACAGUCUCUUCAGUCCAGCGUCAUUUUCUCGCCUUAUUCUCGUCUCGAGAGAGGCAGUGUAAGCUCGGAUAUGACUCGAGUGCAGCCUGUGACUCCUACCAGCUUGGCCAAAUGCUCAAGUUCCUUGUGAGCAAGAAUUUGCUUUUCCUUGUGGAUUACAGCCCGGUGUCACUGAAUCUGGUGCCUGAUACUGCGAUGAUUGAGAUCGAAGAAUUGCUCUCAACACUCCAGCAGUGCCCGAGUUACCAAAUCGACAAACACCACACCAACUGUGGAUUGCGGGUUCGACUUGAACCGAUCCUGAGCUAUGUGCGAUCGAUGCUCUCGGCUAAUGUUAUCUCAAUACCAUACGCCGACUGGAAGAAGCGACCGACUGAUGUCUCGUGGUUGGCUCUUAAGGAACAUGUCUACAAUGACGAAGACAACCCACCCAAGAAAUUCCAGUUCACGCGAGCUCUUGCAAUUGACCAGAGACUACGUUACGAAGGGGCUCUGUAUGUGGAUAAGAUGGCAAAAGCCAUGUUUAUGGCAGACGAAUGGGAUUGGACCCCUGAGGGUUAA